AAAGUUGCUUACUGGAAUGAACUGGAUUCACAGCUUAUCACCUCCGUUGGAUUUUCACUAGAUGGCAGGAUUUCUGUGGCUGGGAGUUUUACUGGGCUGUGUCUAUUUUACGAAACAGAAGGGUUAAAGUAUAAUACACAGAUACAUGUCAAAAGUUCUCGUGGUAGAAACUCCAAGGGAAAGAAGAUUACAGGGAUUGAGGCAAUGCCAGGAACCCUACCUGGGCAAGACAAGAUUCUCAUAAGCUCCAAUGAUUCACGUAUACGUCUUUAUAAUAUGCGUGACAAAUCGUUGGAAUGCAAAUACAAAGGAUUGGAGAACACGUGUAGUCAAAUACGUGCAACAUUUAGUGAUGACGGGCGAUAUAUUAUUUGCGGGUCAGAAGAUCGGAACGUGUGCAUAUGGAACACUGACCAGUCGGGAAUGCAUACGUCAAAAAGUAGCGGAGGAGGAUUCCUGCUGAAGAAAGAUAAAGCGAGCUACGAGUAUUUUGAAGCUCAUUCCAGUAUAGUAACCGUAGCCAUAUUUGCUCCAACUCGAACGAAAAGACUGAUAGCACAGUGCGGUGAUCCAAUCUUUGUCCGAACGCAUCAGGACAAUACUGAAGAAGACUCCUCAGGAUUGCCAACCUAUCCGGAUGGCAAUAUCAUUGUUUGUGCCGAUUACAAUGGCAGCAUCAAAGUUUUCCGUAACGAUUGUGCGUACUAUCCCAACCAAGAUACGGAUAAUAUUUCAAUAAGGAGCAAUAGAUCUUGGAUGAAUAAUCUUGUCGCAUUUGGCACACGCAGACAAAGCGAUGCCUCUAGUGUGUUUUCUGCUGGAUCGCGAAGUACUCGAGGCGGUUCGGUUAACGAUGAGAAGGCUGCAGGGCAGCAGGUCAAAUGUUUGUGUGGAUCAACGGACUUUAAGGCGUUUCUGGGAGGGAGUCCCACGUUGGUGUGCGUUGGUUGUGGAAAAUCCAGUGACGUUCGCGUGUAA